UGCAGGUCCAACCGGAAGCCCAAAAAACGAAACGCUCGCUCGCUCCCUCGCUCACUCCAUCUUUGUUGUGUAUGCUCCCUAUGUGUGUGUGUGUGUGUGUGUUUGGUGUAUCUGUGUUCCAAUCAGAAUACACACAACAACAAGGAGUGAGUCCGUGUCGGCAUCGGAUAUUCCUUUGCCUUCAGUUGGAUUCGGAUCGGUUUAUGCGCGAAACGCGAAACGCAGCAGCGAAUGGAAAAAGCUGAAACGUGAAUUUGCCGUCGCCAAAAGGCAAGCCAAUCCGUACCAAAAGUAUCUCUGAUCCACAAAAAACUGGUAACUGGUAAACUAACUAUUUUAAUAGCCGCCUUGUGAUUAAUUAGCAACCGAAAAAAAACCAACACGCGUCGCGUGAUUCCUUCAGUGAGCAAAACUCGAAUAAAUUCCAUUGGCUAUCGGCUGUAAGCCUUUGUCUGUCGCGUGUGAGUGUGUGUUUUGUGUAUCUAUGUUUCAUUUUUUGCCAACAUUAUGCAAAUGUAUCUGAAUUUGUGAAUUGCGUGUGAUUUGUGGCAUCCAGCAGACUGGCAUUUAGCCCAUUCAAAAUCAAAUCAAACCACAAAGAGCACAAAACGUUUGGCUUUACAGGCAGUUUACACAGCACAGGCAAACAGGCCAUUAAGUCCCCCCCAAACUGCCAAUUGGCAUACGAAUCUUCAUUUGCAUACAUCAAACAACACAUCAGACAACGGACACAAAAGCAAUUGGUCGAGGCAGAGCGACGACACUCUGGGAGGCAGGCAAAGGGAAUCCGAAUCAGCCCACAGUCAAUCCACAUCGGAUCAGCAGUCGACACGCGACUAUCCGCAGUUCAGCGGCGAGCAUCAGAACGUACCGCCGCAGGUUGCGCCCAGCGUCAAGAUGUACCACAGCAGUGCCGUGGCGGCCUACACGGAUCUGGCCGGAAGUGCAGCCAGCGCUGGAGUAGGGGUGGGAGUCUCCGGCUACCACCACCAGCAGGCCGUCAAUGCACCCGUCUACGUGCCCUCCAAUCGCCAGUACAACCAUGUGGCGGCCCAUUUCGGGAGCGCGGCUGCAGCGCAGAAUGCCUGGACCACGGACAGCUUCGGAUCGGCGCAUGCGCAACUGCCGGCACAGUUCUACACCCAGAAUGCGGCCGUGAUGAUGGGCUCCUGGCGCAGUGCCUACGAUCCGACGGGAUUCCAGCGAUCCUCGCCCUACGAGAGCGCCAUGGACUUUCAGUUUGGCGAGGGACGCGAGUGCGUCAAUUGUGGAGCGAUCUCGACGCCGCUGUGGCGACGGGACGGCACGGGGCACUAUCUGUGCAACGCCUGCGGGCUGUACCACAAAAUGAACGGCAUGAACCGACCCCUAAUCAAGCCCAGCAAGCGCCUGGUGAGUGCAACGGCCACGCGGCGCCUGGGGCUCUGCUGCACCAACUGCGGCACCCGCACCACCACCCUCUGGCGGCGCAACAACGACGGGGAGCCCGUCUGCAAUGCCUGCGGCCUCUACUACAAGCUGCAUGGCGUCAACCGGCCGCUGGCCAUGCGCAAGGAUGGCAUCCAGACGCGGAAGCGCAAGCCCAAGAAAACAGGCAGCGGUUCGGCGGGAGGCACAGGAGCGGGAGCUGGCGCGGGUGCGGUCCUGGAGUCCAUUAAGGAGUGCAAGGAAGAGCACGAUAUCAAGCCUUCGCUUAGUCUGGAGCGUCACAGUCACAGCCUCAGCAAGCUGCACACGGAUCUGAAGAGCAGCAGCAGCAGCGCCGGCCUCAUGGGGCAACAUCAUGUCCAGCAGCAGCAGCAGCAACAGCAACAGCAACAUCAGCAGGCCGCCCAUCAGCAGCAACAGCAGGCGCAUCAGCAGUGCUUCCCCCACUACGGACAGGCCGCGACGCAGGCGCAGCAGCAGGCGCAACAUCAGCAGCACGGCCACGGGAUGAGCACUCCGACGGCGCAGUCGCAGCUGAGUGCCAGGCAGAUCCAUGGAGCCACUGGCUCCCAGCUGUACACGCCCGGCAGCAGUGCGGCAGGGGCAGGAUCUGGCGCCUCGGCAUACACCUCGCACAGCGUCGAGACGCCAUCGUUGAGCAAUGGCACGCCCUCGCCCCACUACCAGCACCAUCACCAUUUGGGGAGCUCCCAUGGCCACCAUGUGGCAGCUGCGGCCCAUCAUCACCUGCAUGCGGCUGCAGCGGCCGCCGCGUAUGGCGUGAAGACGGAGGCGACAGCCACCAACUACGAUUACGUGAACAACUGCUACUUUGGGGGCUCCUUCGGAGCGCUGGGCGGAGCAGCCUCGACCGCCGCCAUGGCGGGGGGAGCGGCCAGCGAGUUGGCCGGAUAUCACCAUCAGCACAAUGUCAUCCAGGCGGCCAAGCUGAUGGCCACCUCCUAAGGGCCAUCCCUUGUGGCUCUGUGAUCUCCCAUCCCCCACCACCCAUCCGUGACCCCCUCUCCAGCAGCACCCGCACCAGAGAAAGUUCUCGUUGGAAUCGCAUUGAAAAGACUUUAGACGUUAGUCCUCCCAUUCUUAGCCUAAGAUUAGUUACCCCCAUGUGGCCUGUAAAUAACUACAUUAAUAGCAAGUCUUGUUGUACAAAUCUGCAUCUAUAUCAACGCUAUAGAGCUAUAAUACGAUUAUGUGUGUGUACAGAUAUUAUUGUGGUGUAUUCGAUUCGUUUUAGCUUCUUAUUUUAAUGAUUAUCGUAUGGUUCCACUAGCUUAAAUAUCCCUAACUAUUCCUAUUCCUUGUGUUACCAGCACGGCCCACACUCCCCUCAUAGACCCAUAGACCAUUUGGCAGUAGGCGUAAUUACUAGAAUAGUAUUAUUAUUAUGAUUAUCCAUUUAACAAUCUAUUCGUAAUAAAACUGUAUUCAAAAUGUG